UCGCGUAAAGUCGAUGGUGCCUCAGACAGAUCAGAUGAUACCGGGACUGGUGGGAGCGUAAGUCGCGGUCAGUCAACACAGCUUCGGUGUGACGUGGGGGGAGAGAUUCGUCGUUCAGGGACCUUCGAGAACAGGCGCGUCGAGAAGGCUGACAGCCAUCAAGCUGGGCAUGAAGUUCAACGCUGCGACGACGCUGCACGUGCGAAACCCCAAGCACCUCGGCGAGUCACCGACCCACGGUGUCGUCAGCCUCUACUUCCGCACGACCAAAGCCAACGCUCUGCUCGUCUACAUGGGUACGGGCGGCGGCCACCAGGGGGAGCACCACGGCGAGGCGGCGGCGGCGGCGGCGGAGCGGGAGGAAGACAGCGAGGACUUUGUCGCGUUGGAGAUCGUCGGAGGGAAGUGUGUGAUGAGGUUUGAGUUGGGAGCGGGCGUGGCAAGCAUCAGCAACGACAAGCUGGUCAACGACGCGCAGUGGCACGAAGUCAUCGCUGAGAGGACUGGUAAGACAGCGACUCUGACCGUGAGAACGGAUGGGGAGGACAACGUGAUCGCUGAGGGAACUGCCCCCGGUCAGUUCACCUCCCUCAACCUCGACCCCGAGACCAGCGUCGUCUAUGUAGGUGGUGCCUCCGAUACCGUCUCCCUGCCCGCACAGGUUGCCAAUCGCCGCUACACCGGCUGUAUUGAGUCUGUCAGCUUCAACAAGCAGCCACUGCCUCUCUGGAACUUCGUCCAUGCCGAAAACCUGUUCGAAGCUUGCAAGGAGAGGGAUCAGCUGCAGGUGCAGCAGGGUGCAUCGGGAUACAAGUUUGACGGCAGCGGCUACGUCGUGGUCGCGCGCGGCGACUUCAACCCGCAGGACAGCGCUGACGUCACGCUGGAGUUCAGGAGCUUCGCCGACGCAGGACUGCUCAUCUACGGCGGCAAGGACCGAGACUUCCUCGCACUCGAGCUGAUCGAUGGUGCCGUGCUCUUCCAGUACGACAUGGGUUCCGGGCGCGCUCAGAUCCGCACGAACGCGACGUACAACGACGGUGCAUGGCACACAGUGAACGCUCGUCGCUUCGGCCGUGAGGGGCUCCUCCUGGUGGACGGGGAGGAGGCGGGCAGCGGCGUCGCACCCGGCUCGCUCACAAAGCUCGACAUCGGUGACGACGUCUACAUCGGCGGCACGCUAGCGCCACCUACGCUGCGCGACGUCACAGCGCGCGGACUCGAGGGAUGCAUCAGGAACGUGCAGCUAGGCACGACGAUCGUUGACAUGAGUAUCAACAAGGAUGCGCGCGGCAUCGUCGCCGGAUGCCCCGACACCAUCGUCCGCGUCGCUUCGUUUGACGGCGCUCAGGGCAGCUACACGGAGCACACGGACGUAACGUUUGGUGAACAGGCGGCUCUCACGUUCAAGUUCAGGACCCUGCAACCGACCUCGCUCGUCAUGUAUGCUGCUGAUGCCGGCCAGACGCAUGCGCUGUCAGCACAGCUGCUGGAGGGUAGGGUGGCUGUUGUACACACCAGCGACGACCUGUCCACCGUGCUGCAGAGCAACAACAACAACUACAACGACGGAGAAUGGCACUUUGUCAACAUUCUCAAGGACGCAGGAAGGCUACACAUUGACAUUGACGAAGGCGAUCGCAAAGACCAGGAGCUGAGCGAUGCCGGCCCCGACCACCAGGCGGCGCUGUGGAUGGCCGGCGUACCGACCGAUUACGGCAUCACAGAGGGCGCUUCACUCACCCUCGCGGCAUUUAGCGGUUGUCUAGGCGACAUUACCGUCAACUCCAAGUAA